GCCGGGCGCGCCGGUGACGUCGAGCGGCGCCGAGCGGCGGGAAGGCGGGCGGCGGCCGCCGCCAUUUUGAAGCGCCGGCAGCUGGGCGCGGCGCUCCCGUGUGUGGCGGCCGCCGGCGCCGGUGUGAGGGGAGGCGGGGGCGGCCCGCGGGCUCCCCCCCCCCCCCCGCCCCCAGCCUCGCUGCCGGCCCCCCCGGUAGCCGCCGGCCUCGGAGGCCAUGGCGGAGCCCCCCGAGACCGAGCCCGGCCCCCGCACGCCGUCGCCCCCCCCGGGGGGGUCCCAACCGCCGCCGUCACCCCCGGCGGGGGCCGAACCGCCACCGUCACCCCCGGGGGGGGCCGAACCGCCGCCAUCACCCGCGGGGGGGGCCGAAGCGUCGCCGCCGGAGGGGGCCGAACCGCCGCCGUUGCCCCCCCCGGGGGGGUCCGAGACGCCGUUGCCGCCCCCGGGGGGGUCCGAGACGCCGCCGUGGCCCCCGGGGGGGGCCGGAGAGGCGCCGUGGCCGGCGGGGGGGCCGGGGGGGCCGGCGUUCGGGGCGCUGCGGGCGGCGCUGGAGGCGGCCCUGGCCCGCAGCCCCGGCGAGGCGGCCCCCCCGGCCCUGGCCCCCGCCCUGGCCGCCCCCCUGCCCCCCCCGGCCAAGUGCCGCCACCUCGACGGCGCCCGCCUGCUGCGCGACAACCUCCGCCCGCGCCCGGGGGGGCCGCCGGGGGGGGCGGGGGGGCUGCGGACGGCGCUGAGCAUCCUGGAGAAGUACGGCCGCAACCUGCUCCAGCCGCGGCCCCCCCGCUACUGGCGGGCCGUCAAGUACAACAACCCCGUGUUCCGCGGCACCGUGGGGGCCGUCCGGGGGGGCCGGGCGGUGCUGCGGCUCUACGGCUACACGGAGGAGACGGGCGACGGGCUGAGCUUCGCCCCGGGCGUCGCGGCCCCCCACGGCCCCCGCGUAGCCGCCGUCACCGCCGACGUGCUGCUGCUGCGCGCCGAGCUCGACCUGCUGCUCGCCAACAAGCACCCGAACCCCCAGUUCUUCACGGCAAUUCUGGAGGGCUGCCCCGAGGAGCCGCCGGCGCCUGAGUCACCCCCAGCGCCGGAGGGAGCCGCCCCGGGGGCACCGCCAGGUGCCGGCGGGGGCUGCGGGCUGUGCGGGCCGCCGGGGGAGGGGCCGCGGGCGCCCUGUCCCGCCUGCCGCGUCCUGCCCCCCCCCAGCUCCCCGCCGGCGCCCCCCCGCCGCCCCCCCUGGGUGUGCGGGGCCUGCGGGGGGGCCAACGGGGCCCUGGCGGUGCUGUGCGGGGCCUGCGAGCGCCCCCGCGGCUGCCCCGGCCCCCCCGCGGCUGCUGCCGACCCCCCCGCGCUGCCGGGGGAGGGGGGGCCGCCGCGGGGCGGGGGGGGGCCCUGGGCCUGCGCCUCCUGCACCUUCCUCAACGCCGCCGCCACCGUCCUCUGCGGCGUCUGCGAGCGCCCCCGCCUCGCCGGGCGGCCCCCCGCCCCCCCCCGGGGCUGGCAGUGCCCCCACUGCACCUACCGCAACGAGGGGCCGGGGCGGGUGUGCGAGCUUUGUCACCGCACCGCCGCCGCCCCCCCCGCCCCCCCCGCCGACGAGGAGGGGCCCCGGCGUCCGGGCCGGCCCCCGGCCCCCCCCGCCCGCUCCCAGGAGGCCGAGCGGCGGCGGCAGGAGCGGCUGCGCGAGGACGGCCGACGCGUCGUCGCCCUCGUCCGGGCGGCGGAGGCGGCGGGGCUGCCGCCGGAGGCCGUGGUGCCGCUGGCCGUGGCGACGACGGCGCCGUGGGGCGGCACGCGGCGGCUGGAGGAGCCGUGGGGCGGCCCCACGGCGUGGGCGGCGGCGGCGGUGGCGGGGGCCCGGGCGGCGCUGCCGGGGGCCCUGGGGGCACUGGCCGAGGCGGCCGGGCGCCGGGCGGCCGCCGACCCCCGGGGGCCCCUGGGCCCCAUCUCGCUGCGCGAGGCCGCCCGCGCCUGGGCCCGGGCCCGCGCCUGCCCCCCCCGCGCCCUCGAGGCCUGCCUGGGCGCUCGCCGCCGCCAGGUGCGGGCGCUGGGGGCGCUGGGCGGCGGGGAGCGGGCGGCGGCGGCGGCGGCGCUGGCCCCCAACGGGGGGGACGUGUGGGCGGCGCUGGGCGACCUGCAGCGCCGGCGCCUGGGGCCCUUCCAGCGGCGCCUCUGGGCCCCCCGCGAGCCCCCCCUCGCCUUCGACGGGCCCGACCCCCAGGCGGCAGUGCGGCGGGCGCUGGCGGCGCUGGGGCUGCCCAGCUGGGGCCGGGCGGAGCUGCUGGUGGCGCUGGGCCGGGAGCUGGGGCUGCCGGGGGGCCGGGGGCCGGCGCUGGGCGACCUGGCGGAGGCCGUGCGCGCCUCCCCCGACCGGGCCUUCGUGCGGCGCCUGCUGAGCUGGGAGUGCGCCGUCUGCGGCUGGGCCCUGCCCCGGCACCAGAUGCAGUCGCUGACAGCGUGCGAGUGCACCAUCUGCCCCGAGUGCUUCCGGCAGCACUUCACCAUCGCCGUGAAGGAGAAGCCGGUGGGCGGCCUGGUGUGCCCGGCCUGCGGGGCCCCCGACCUCGCCGACGACGCCCAGCGCCUCACCCACUUCUCCACCCUCGACAUCCAGCUGCGGGCCUGCCUGGACGCCGAGACCUACGCGCUCUUCUGCCAGAAGCUGACGGAGCGGGAGCUGCUGCGCGACCCCAAGUUCCUCUGUGCUCGUUCGGGUUCAUCUUCGAGGCGGAGCAGGGCCCGGCCCAGUGUCCCCAGUGCCACCAGCGCUGCUGCCCCCGCUGCCAGCGCCCCUGGGAGCCGGAGCACGGCGGCCUCUCGUGCGCCGACUUCGCCGCCUGGAAGCGCCGCAGCGACCCCCAAGCGCAGCCCCACGGCCUGGCGGCCUUCCUGCGCGAGCACGGCAUCGCGUGCCCGCAGUGCGGGGUGUGGUACGCGCUGGCCCGGGGGGGCUGCAUGCACUUCCAGUGCUCCCAGUGCCGCCACCACUUCUGCAGCGGCUGCUACCGGCCCUUCUACGCCAAGGACAGCUGCCCCGAGGGGGGCUGCCCGCUGCGGGGGUCCCUGCACGGCCACCACCCCCGCGACUGCCUCUUCUACCUGCGCGACUGGGACCCCCCCCGGCUCCAGCGCCUCCUCCAGGAGAACGGCGUCGCCUUCGACACGGAGCCGCCGCCCGGCGCCAGCCCCGCCCCCGGAGGGGGCUGCGGGGUGCUGGAGCAGAAGGAGACGGCAGCGGGGCUGCGGGACGAGCCCUGCGGGAAGGAGGCGCCGCCGGGACACGCCGGCCUCUGCCUGGCGCACUACAAGGAGUACCUGGUGCGCGUCAUCAACGAGCGCCGCCUCGACCCGGCGCCGCUCUACUCGCUGCCGGAGCUGCGCGCCGCCGCCGAGCGCCACCUGCCGGCGCCGCCCCCGCGCCGCCCCGCCGAGCCCGACGCCGCCUACCGCCGCCGCCUGCUCCAGUGCCUGGCCGAGGAGGCGCCGCUGGGUCCUGCCGCCCCGCUGCCGCGCCGCCCGCAGUGACAACAUGGCCGCCAUUGCCACGGGGGGGGGGGGGGGGGCUGUGUGUCCCCCCCCCAUGUUUUCGGAGCUCCCCCCUCGCUCUUUCCCCCCCCCCAUUCGGGAUCUCCCCCAUUUCGGGGCCUCCAUUUUGGGGUCUCCAUUUCGGGAUCUCCAUUUUGGGGUGUUUCCCACCCCCCCGCCGCCAUUUUGGGGAGCCCGGCUGCUUUCCCGCCUCCCUUCGGGGUUUUUCUCCCCCCCCCCCGCCCGCCCCUUCACUUCCGGUUUGGUUCCUGCUCAAUAAAAGCCGCUCUGGGCUCCGCCUC